AUGUCCAAAAGAUGCUCUAUUGGAUGCGAGAUCUGGACUCAUGAUGACUACAAAGGAAGGCCAGCUGCACGAUUUGCAAAGGAAUUAAGUCAUUCAAACAUUGCUCCUCUCCCAUCCGAUGUGAAGGAAUUGCACGUUCCAUUUUCCGCUUCAAAAAGGGACGCCGAAGAUAUCUAUCGGAAGAGACGCGAACAUCUCAAAUAUGUCUGCAAUGUUGAAAAUAUAAAAAGCCAAACUAGAGAAAACUGGGCGGAUCAGCUUUGGCACUUCAAACCACUGAACAUACUCUACUGUCCCCUGGAGAAUCAUGAUACAGUUACAUGGAAGAAGACGUUUGAAAUCUGGAUGCGGAGUCAGUCCAAUUUUGACGUUAUUGGAAAAGAGGAUACCUUCGAACAAGAUACUCUGUAUGUGUACAACAAGUUAAAGUCCCCUGACAUGGCUUCCGACUUCGAGGACUUCCAGCUGGAAUACGACUUCAGCAUUAUUGAAGGUUACGUUGAAACAGCCUUCACUCGGAAGAAUAACAUCACCUGUAUCAGCACCUACUCGAUGUACUUGAGACUGUGGCGCCAGCUACAGAUCUGGGGCUACAUCAGUAACAAUAUAACAUUCCCAUACACCAAGGCAGAAAGUCUUUCAUUGGAGUACUCCCAGUUACUGGACGCCACUUUGACGGCAUAUCAAAAAUCAGUUCCCAUGUCAAGGUCAAACAGAUUUGAUGCAAUAGGUCAGGCAUAUUUUGACCUCAACCUGGGCGAUUUAGGUGCUGCGGACUUAGAUUUUGACGUUAUUGGAAAAGAGGAUACCUUCGAACAAGAUACUCUGUAUGUGUACAACAAGUUAAAGUCUCCUGACAUGGCUUCCGACUUCGAGGACUUCCAGCUGGAAUACGACUUCAGCAUUAUUGAAGGUUACGUUGAAACAGCCUUCACUCGGAAGAAUAACAUCACCUGUAUCAGCACCUACUCGAUGUACUUGAGACUGUGGCGCCAGCUACAGAUCUGGGGCUACAUCAGUAACAAUAUAACAUUCCCAUACACCAAGGCAGAAAGUCUUUCAUUGGAGUACUCCCAGUUACUGGACGCCGCUUUGACGGCAUAUCAAAAAUCCGUUCCCAUGUCAAGGUCAAAUAGAUUUGAUGCCAUUGCACAGGCGUACCACGUCUUAAGUUUGUCCGAGUUAAAUGUUCUAAGGGCACUUUAUGCGGAUGACUUCUAUCUGUUCGACUACAAUGAUCGGCCAGGGCUCGUCUAUUUCAAGCAAGCGCCCCAGUCAGGGUUUUCUUACUUUGAUGUAAUUGUAAAACAGGAGUAG